AUGACUAACUUGGAUCUCACUUGCAACAACCCCCAGAGCAACGGCAUUGACGGCGACAUUGACACUUGCAAGACACGAAGAUCGCGUCGUAAUGUUGAACCCAUCGAUUGGGGAUCGCCCAACAUGACAACUUUCGGGCCUGAAAACAAGCAAGGAAAGUCUGUAUUGACGGAUGCCAUGUGGAUAGCCAUGGAGGAAAUGUCAACCGUGGAGGAGGAUACGAUCGAGCAAAAGUGCUUUCACUGGGAAAUCGACAAUUGGAGCAAUUUACCACCUGAGGCGCGUGGACCUGUAUUCCAAGUGGGUGGCCAUGAAUGGAAUCUUCUCUUGUUUCCUCGAGGCAAUCAAGGCUUUUUCUCUCAUGUCUCCGUGUAUCUCGAAUUGACCAAUGCCAAAGACGCCUAUCAUCCCAAUCAGCAUGCAUGUGCUCAGUAUGUCAUUCUUGUAUCAUCCAUGUCCGAUCCCACCAACUACUAUUGCAAACCUGGUUCGGGUCGUUUCUCAAAUUACUCAAAGGAUUGGGGAUUCAAUGACUUUUUGCCUCAUGAACGCCUGCUCUCAUUCAAAGACGAUAAGGAACACGUAUCAGUACCUUUCUUGGAAAACGACCAAAUCCGCUUUUCAGUCAUUGUCAACGUGUUGCGUGAUCCCACGGGUGUAUUAUGGCUGACAGACUUUGAAAACUACGAUUCAAGGGAGCAUACAGGCUUUGUUGGAUUAAGGAACCAAGGUGCCACUUGUUACAUGAAUUCGCUCUUCCAAUCGCUCUAUUGCACCAAUGCAUUCCGCAAAGCCGUCUAUCAGAUUCCCACCGAGAACGACAAUCCUACGGAUAGCAUCGCUCUAUCAAUGCAACGUCUCUUUCACAAUCUUCAAUUCUCAAACAAUGCCGUAGACACGGUGGAAGUGACAAAGUCCUUCAAAUGGAAUUCACUGGAUACGCUAAUGCAACACGAUGUUCAAGAAUUCAAUCGCCUUCUUCAAGACAAAUUGGAGGAAAAAAUGAUGGGUACUCCCGCGGAUGGUGCUAUCAGAAGACUUUUUGUUGGACGCAUGACAAGCUAUAUCAGGUGCAUCAAUGUUGAUUACCAGUCAAAUCAUUCGGAGGACUAUUAUGAUAUACAAUUGAAUGUCAAAGGUUGCAAGGAUCUGGAAGAGUCUUUCAAGGACUAUGUGGCUGAGGAAACCAUGGAUGGUGACAACAAGUACAUGGCGGGAGACCAUGGAUUACAAGAUGCAAAGAAAGGAGUGACCUUUGAAUCUUUCCCACCUGUGCUCCACCUGCAACUAAAACGAUUCGAGUAUGACAUGAGACGGGAUGCCAUGGUCAAGAUCAACGAUCGGCAUGAAUUUCCUCUCAAUAUCGACUUGGAACCUUAUUUGUCCCCAAAUGCAGAUCGAUCAUCGCCACAUACUUAUGCACUACACGGCGUGCUUGUGCAUUCUGGGAAUGUGAGCAGUGGUCACUACUUUGCUUUCCUAAAGCCAACCAAGGAUGAAACAUGGCUAAAAUUUGACGACGAACGCGUUACACGUGCUACGCUUGAUCAUGUCUUGGAAAACAAUUAUGGAAAUCAGACACCCUUUGGUGGUUAUUUCAACUUCCAGACCCUCCGGCGAUCUUCCAAUGCGUAUAUGCUGGUUUAUAUCCGUGAAUGCAUGGUGGAUGAUAUUUUGGACGCGGUUGACAAUUGUGACAUACCACAGCAUCUAUGGAAACGAUUGAAAGAGGAGGAAAUGCUAUGGCAAGAAGCACAAAGAAGACGAGAAGCUCAACAACUCUACUUGAACGCCAACGUUUAUUCGUCAGUUUCAUUUGACAUCAAUAAGCAGCAUGGAAUCAUCAAUGAGCGUCAUCCUGGUCCUAUCUCGAUGUCGAUGCCGGUGCGAAAAGAUGAGCUGUACCAUGACUUUAAGAACGAGAUUGCAAAGGGCUUCUAUAUGCCUACUUCAGAAAUCAAGCUGUGGUCGCUUAUUACUCGAUGCAACAAGACACUUCGCCCCGAGAGAUGCAUUGACAAUGUAGCCAACAGCGAUACCAGAGUGGAGGAAUUGAUGCAAUACAUGACCGGCGAUUCUCUUUCUCUUUAUGUCGAAUUUACAAAAGAGUAUGAACCGAUGCCUAGUGCAAUUGCACGCCCGUGGCUGUAUAGCAUGGCCGAUGAUGAAGACGAAGAUCAUGAUUACGAUUUUAUCAAGUUUUCGAAGGACACUAUCUCCACCCAGCCAAAGGACGACAACCCUAUGCUUCUAUUCAUCAAAAGCUUUAUUCCUGAAAGCCAAGAACUACACGCUCGAGGUACCAUGCAUGCUUACAAGCAUCAAAAGAUCGAGUCUGUCAUGGAACGUAUACGAAGUUUGGCGUACUUUUAUCCUUCGACCCCUUUGGCUCUUUAUGAGGAGGAAUCUCCGUAUGUUGUCAAGGCACUUCAAAUAGACUCCACGUUUGGUGAAUCUGGUAUUGAAACGGGAGACAUCAUUUGUGUGCAAAAGCAGUUAUCAGAACACGAGAUGGAGCAUAUGCGAGAAAGGGGAUUGUGCCCUACGGCUCGGGAAUACAUCACCUAUCUUGCGUACCAAGUUGAUGUCACAUUGCAGCCGCUGAAUGGGCAAGAACAACAGCUCCCGGCGAUCACGUUGUCCUUGUCAUAUACGACGAGCUAUGAGGAAAUUGUGGAGGAACUGGGCUAUCAUGCAAGGAUGGAUCCAAACUACGUGCUACUUUUUCGGCCUGGGCAUGCAAAACGAGAAACGCAAUGGGUCGCUAUUAGACGUUAUGAAGGAUGCACUUUGCAGGACUUGUUGACUUUUGCCGAUCCACAACAACCUUGCUUGGGAUAUCAAUUGCUGGACAUCACCUUGGAUGAAUAUGAAUCGCAGCGGCUAAUCAGCGUCAUCAUUUGCAAGGAAAACCUAGCCGUCAACAAUACCCAUACCGUCAAAGUUACCACGCCGAGAUCAGUAUCCUUUCGUGAGCUUUGGGAUCAACUCACAUUGGAGUCCAACCAUGACCUAACAAACUAUACCGGCAAAGUGCGCUUUGUCGUGGCCAUCCACCACCGUUUUUACGAGGCCUUUACAAUGGAUGAUUUGAUUGCUUACGUUCCGGAAGGAGACAAGUACCAGAUCUAUGCAGAGCCUAUACCGGAGGAUGAACAAAACGUGGAACCGGACAAUGUAUUGAUCCCCGUAUUUCAUUAUGAUGGCGACAUCCACCACAACCACUCGAUCCCUUUCCAGCUUAUGAUUAAAAAGGGUGAAUUGUUUUCUGAUACCAAAAAGCGACUACAAGCACGAACCGGAUUGACCAACGAAGAAUGGGGCAAGGUCAAGUGCUUCUUUGUACAAGACGACGUUGUGAUAGAAGAAUUGAAAGACAAUGACAAGCUCUCUGAUCGACCAUAUACUCCACUAAACGAACCAGCCCUCGGCUUGAACCACCCUGAAAGGACAUUCAAACCCAUAUUCCAAAGACCACUUCGCAUUCAAGGUUGA